AAUACGGCGUUGCCAUAUCGCUGCACACAACUAAUAUUGCACAAUAUAAUUUUUUAAUUGUUGGUAAUUGACGUUGAAAAGUGCGUGUCGAUUUGUGGGCGGACCAAGGGCGAGUGUCAUCCCAAACUAAUUAAAACAAUAGAAAAACAUAAACUUAAUUGAAAUGAAGCUGCUGACAAAUGUGCGCAAGCUGCUGCUGCUACAACAGAGCCCCAAACAGCGGCUAAUCACAACAGCAAGAACAAUAACAAAAAUAAGUCAGCCACAUGACGAGGCUGAACCGGCUUUGACCAGUUCGGAACUAGAUGAGCUGGAGCGGAACUGUGAGAUGCGCCAUCACAAGAACAAUAUUCCUCUCAUCCGGCAACUGGUUCAAGCGUUACACAGCACUGGGCAGACGGGCCAGGAUCAGGAGCAGACACGCCGGCAACUGGAGGAACAACUGGAACUGCUGCCUAAUGCGACACAUCCACGUCUGCUUGGCUAUGACAAUCAGCCACUGGAGCUGGCCAAUUAUAAGCAUCGAGUGCUGCCCGAGCAGGGCGUGGCCAAAGAGUUCUCGGAUCUGGCGCGUGCUCUCAAUUUAUAUCGCAUGGAUCAUCUGGGUAACUAUACGGGACACAAGAGCUACUAUCUGACGGGUCAACUAGCCAUGAUGGAACAGGCCAUCAUACAGUAUGCACUACAAUCAAUAACCAGGCAAGGCUUCAAGCUGAUCUCUGUUCCGGAUAUACUGCCCCGGAAUAUCAUCGAGGCCUGUGGCAUGCGCACCGAGGGGGAACGCACCCAGGUCUAUAAGCUGGACACGGGCGAAUGUUUGUCGGGCACAUCGGAAAUGGCGCUCGCUGGUUUCUUUGCCCAGCGGCAGCUGGCGGAGCAGGAACUCCCAGUGAAGGUGGCCGCCGUGAGUCGUUGCUAUCGGGCGGAGACCUCGGGACUGCACGAGGAGAAGGGCAUAUAUCGGGUGCAUCAGUUCACCAAGGUGGAAAUGUUUGCGAUUGCCACACCAGAGCAAUCCGAGCAAAUCCUCGAGCAAUUCAAGAACACGGAAAUUGCGCUCUUCAAGCAAUUGGGCAUCAAUUUCCGACUGCUCGACAUGCCGCCCUGCGAGCUGGGAGCCCCGGCAUACCAGAAAUAUGACAUUGAAGCCUGGAUGCCCGGUCGCCAGAUGUGGGGCGAAAUUUCCAGUUGCAGCAACUGCACAGACUACCAGGCCAAGCGACUCCAGAUUAAAUACAGACGCGACAGCGAUGGAAGUCUGGCAUAUGCCCACACCAUCAAUGGCACCGCAACUGCGAUUCCCCGCCUGCUCAUCGCUCUGAUUGAGUCGUAUCAGGGCGCUGGGAAUGGGAAUGGGAACGACUCCAUACAGAUACCGGAGGUGCUGGUGCCAUUCAUGAAUGGCCAGCGAACAAUUACGAAAAACAAGAAAGUUCCCGAAAUAAAGCUGGUGAAGUUUAUCAAGUCAACUUAGUUAGGUUUAGAGAUUAAUAAAAAUAAAAUAAAAAAGCAAAAUUAUAUAUUAAACGAAAAACAAAC